UCGCUGAAUAUGGGCAGGAGGUCACCCCUUGCCCUCUUCGUGGCCCUGUGGGCCAGCCAGCUGGGCGUGUGGGCAGCGGGGCGCUCCAAGGUGAACCCCCGGAUCAUCACAGCUCCGCAAGGUGCGAAAGAGUAUGCAUUUCCCAGGAGUGAGAAGUACCCGGUCUUCUAUCAUAAAGAAAACAGCUCAGCCAUCUACAUCGGGGGAGAGGGAAAGCUUUAUUACUACGACUUUGCAACCUAUGAGAACUACGUGGAAGACUUCCCAGUGAAAAAUGAGGGACAGUGCAUGAUGCCUGGGAGUUUGAAGGACAAUAAAAAUUACCUCACGUUAGUGGAGAAGUAUGGAGAUGGGAUGUUAGUGUGUGGGACCGGCGCCUGCGCUCCCACCUGCUGGAACAUGACACAGAGAAAGGAGAGCACUUCGUGGGAUGGGAGAGGUAUUGCUCCUUUCACCCCUGACUCGAAUACCCUCGUCGUCGUUGAUGGUCAUGACAUCUACUCCACCAUCAAGAAGAGCCAGCAGAACGGCAAGAUACCCCGUUUCCGCCGAGUGAGAGGGGGUGGAGAGCUCUACACAAGUGACACAGUGAUGCAGAACCCGCAGUUUGUCAAAGCCACCACAUUAAGGCACGAAGAGCCUCACCAGGACAAGAUUUACUACUUCUUUCGUGAAGACAACCCGGAUAAGAGUCCUGAGGCCCCUAGAAACAUCUCUCGAGUGGCCCAGCUGUGUAAGGAAGAUAAAGGGGGAACCAGUUCGCUCUCUGCUUCCAAGUGGACCACCUUUCUGAAGGCCAGCUUGAUUUGUGUCGACCCAGUCACCAAGGGCAACUUCAACUGGUUGCAAGAUGUCUUCUUUGUCCCUGCGAGUAACUGGCGGCACUCCAAAGUCUACGGGCUCUUCACGAACACCUGGGGAAGCUCUGCUGUUUGCGUCUAUUCCUUUGGGGACAUUGACAACGUGUUUCGGACAUCCAAACUCAAAGGCUAUAAUGGUCCCAACCCAGAGAUCAAGCCUGGGCAAUGCGUUUCCUCUGGACAGCACACCCCGAGCGAGACCUUCAAGAUAGCGGACAGCCACCCGGAGGUGGAGGACCGGGUGGAGCCCCUCUCCCCCACCAAGAGCCCCUUAUUCCACAACAAGCACCGCUACCAGAAGAUCGGGGUGCACGAGGUCUCUGCGGGUGAUGGAAACCGCUACAACGUGCUGUAUCUGGCAACAGACAAGGGAUCCAUCCACAAGAUCGUGGAGCUGCCGGACGGGGUGCAGAACAUCAUGGAGCUCCAGGUCUUCCCAAAGAAGGAUCCGAUCCAGUCUAUGAUCCUGGACCACAAGAGGGCGAUGCUGUACGUCGGCUCAACAAACAAAGUCAUGGAGAUACCCAUGGACAUGUGCAGCGUGUAUCGCAACAACUGUGACAGCUGCUUGCUGGCGAGGGACCCGUACUGCGGGUGGUUCAAUGGGAGUUGUCAGUCAGUUUAUCUAAACCGGGAGGUACAUCAGAACCUGAACCUGGACCCGUGGCGAGGAAAGUGCCAAAAGGGGGAUAUUAAGGAAGUAGAUGACUAUCAGAACAUCACAGUCGUCCCUUUCUCCCGCUACUACCUCAACUGUCCCAUCGAGUCCCACUAUGCCACCUACAACUGGUACCACAACAACAGCCUCAUCAAGACCUGCAACACCACCCACCCCCAGCAGGACUGCUUCCACUUCAUCCAGAACGUGAGCCACAUUCACUACGGCCACUAUGUCUGCAUCUCGGAGGAGGACGGCUUCAAGCAGGCUCUGGUGAAGGAGCGCCUGGUGAACCAGCUCAGGUUCAUGUCCCAGAAGGGCCAGGCCACCAUGACGUUUGGCUCUUGGCUGCAGCUGCUCCUGAUGGUGGUGUUGGUGGAGCUCUUCCACUGAACACGACAGGACUGUGUUCCCACCGUCCUGGCUGCCGCUGCUCUUCCUGCACUUGCUGUCCGCUCCCGAGGCGAGAUCCCCAUUCUCUUAGUCGCUCCUUGGACGUUAAUCUUUGACUGUCCCAAAAGGGGUCCCGGGCAGCAACCCCUCCAUCUUUGGCCUUGGUGGAAGGAUCAUGGCGAGGAAGAUGCGACUGCAGGGCCAGAUGGAGCGGGGUUUGGGGGCAGGGAGGGAAGGGUACCCUAACACGCGGGGGACGUUCACAGUACCCAGCAGCGUGAAGGGAGUGGCGUCAGCCUCUCCUCGAGCCCACGCUGGUAGCUCUGUACUGAAUAUCGUCCUGAGCCUACCCUGGGUGCGGAUGUUCAGGGGACUUCUGCCGAUGUGCAUGCACUGAUCCUCAGGGCACAAUGACUCCUCUCUUUGGGAACGUGCAUGUGAUGAAGAGGAGGAGCCAGCCCUUGGCCUUUCUAACUGGUUGAUCUGUGCUUCGCUCCGAGCGGGGACUGAUGCCUCCAAGUUCUUAGUGGCUAAUGUCUGUUUGGGUUGGCGAGCAGCUGGAAUGCUCCCAGUGUCACACGAGGGUCCCGUUCUGGUCUGGAGAAUUGGGCUCUGGAAGGGUUUUAGGGUUUGGUUUAUUAUUUUUAUUUACAGCUGGCUUUGACAUGGGAGGGAGGUCGGGAACUAGUGUUGGAAACCUGCAGGCAAGGGCAGGCACAAAGUUAGCGUUUUGCAUGGAAAAGCCUCGGAGGAUGACUAGAUUUGGGGCGUGGGGAAGGAAGACGGAAGGGGAGGCGGAAGCAGAGCCCAAACCAAACCCGGGAGGCCCUGGGAUGGAGUUUUAAAUGCACAAAUCCUCUGCAGGCAGCUAAGGGCAUUUAUCUGUGGGCAGCAGGCAGCCCCUGCUCCCAGCACCUCUCCUCCGGGAGAGGGACCGGGCUUCCUCAGGGAAAGAGGCGGCAGGCUGUUGAUCUCAGGGCGAUGCCGACGGGCUCAGGGGCGCUGGGGCUUGUCCCCACCGCCCGGAGCAGAUCUGCCUCUCUCCCUUGCAGUGAGGGGACAGGGGAGGACCAGGGUUUGCUUCCCUUGGGCUUUGAGGUCUCUGAGCAAGACUAAACUGUGAAAAACGGGAUGCUCUCCCCGUGCCUGUGUGCAAGGGGUGAUCCCACACCUUGUCCAAGCCUUUCCCAGCCCUCUUGACCGCCGAAACGCCCGGCCUCGGGCCGUGCAACGGAGGGGGCAUCGUAUCUCAUGCUUCCAGUAACCUGUCACAGCGGCACAGCUCCUGCUUCGUGCCUGCUCGGAGACACUCAGGAGUGCCCGAGGGGUCUUUUUGGCAAGGGGGAGAGAUGCCACGUGCAUCUCGCGACCGCAGACUACGGACAACAGGCCAGAACUUCCUACUGCACUACAUUUCCAAGAACCCCCCCCUCCCAAAUCUAGGAUAGAGCUUCUUACAUCCCUUCUCAAAGCACUUUAACUUUGUGAACUAACAAAUACCUAUUUAUUAUCAACUGGUGAUUACUGUACUUGUAUAAUUUUAUAAUAUUAUAGAAAGUGGGUUCAAAUUAGAGAAGAGAAAAAACAAACAACACAACAGCUACCAAAAAAACCUUUCAGAGCUGUGACCAAAGUGAGAAUGUGAUCGUUGAAAUAAA